CUCUCAGAUCAGGACAGAGAGACGCUGCUCUCCUCAUUGCUCUCUCCAUCAUCCCUCCAUCUUCUUCUUCCUCCUCUUCCUCUUCCUCCUCUCCUCUGUCCAGAACCUAAACUCUCUCUCUCUCUCCCCCUCUCUUCAUCUUUCUUCUUCUCCUCCUUCUGUCUUCUCUCCUCCACCCCUCAGAGAGACAGACUGGUCUAACUCCUGGCCUUCAUCACCUCCAUCAUCAUCCUCAGAGGAACACGGACAGGGAGCCCCCUGACCCUCGCCCCGCCGGGUCACCAUGGCAACGGUCAUCUGCACUCGUUUCACCGAAGAGUAUCAGCUGUACGAGGAGCUGGGCAAGGGAGCGUUUUCAGUGGUGCGCCGCUGUGUGAAAGUGCUGUCGGGUCAGGAGUACGCCGCCAAGAUCAUCAACACCAAAAAACUGUCUGCCAGAGAUCAUCAGAAGUUGGACCGUGAAGCUCGAAUCUGUCGUUUACUGAAACACCCCAACAUCGUUCGGCUCCAUGACAGUAUCUCAGAGGAAGCGCAUCAUUACCUCAUCUUUGACCUGGUGACAGGUGGAGAGUUAUUUGAAGAUAUUGUAGCCAGAGAAUAUUACAGUGAAGCCGACGCCAGUCACUGUAUCCAGCAGAUUUUGGAGGCGGUGCUACACUGUCAUCAGAUGGGCGUGGUCCACAGAGACCUGAAGCCAGAGAACCUGCUGCUGGCCUCUAAGUCUAAAGGAGCGGCGGUGAAACUGGCUGACUUCGGCCUCGCCAUCGAGGUGGAGGGAGACCAGCAGGCGUGGUUCGGCUUUGCGGGGACUCCAGGUUAUCUGUCUCCAGAGGUUUUAAGGAAGGAUCCGUACGGGAAAGCAGUCGACCUCUGGGCCUGUGGUGUGAUUCUCUACAUCUUACUGGUCGGUUAUCCUCCAUUCUGGGAUGAAGAUCAACAUCGUCUCUACCAGCAGAUCAAAGCUGGAGCUUACGACUUUCCUUCUCCAGAGUGGGACACAGUGACUCCUGAAGCCAAAGAUCUCAUUAACAAGAUGUUAACCAUCAACCCAGCGAAACGCAUCACGGCUGCUGAAGCUCUGAAACACCCCUGGAUCUCUCAUCGCUCCACGGUGGCGUCCUGUAUGCACAGACAGGAAACAGUCGAAUGUCUGAAGAAGUUCAACGCCAGGAGGAAACUGAAGGGAGCCAUUCUGACGACCAUGUUGGCCACCAGAAACUUCUCCGGAGGAAAGAGUGGCAGCAACAAGAAGGCCGAUGGAGUCAAGGAAUCAUCUGAGAGCACAAACACCACCAUAGAGGACGAAGACACCAGAGUGAGGAAACAGGACAUCAUUAAAGUCACUGAGCAGCUCAUUGAGGCGAUCAGCAAUGGAGACUUUGAGAGCUACACUAAAAUGUGCGACCCGGCUGUGACGGCAUUCGAACCCGAGGCUUUGGGAAACCUGGUCGAAGGCCUCGACUUCCACCGCUUUUAUUUUGAAAACUUGUGGUCUAAGAACAGUAAACCGGUCCACACCACCAUCUUGAACCCUCACAUCCACCUGGUCGGGGACGAGGCCGCCUGCAUCGCUUACAUCAGAGUGACGCAGUACAUCGACGCCAACGGCACGCCUCGCACCGCCCAAUCAGAGGAGACCCGGGUGUGGCACCGCCGUGACGGGAAGUGGCAGAUCGUCCACUUCCAUCGCUCAGGCUCCGCCUCCACACUCAGCAAUUAACUUCCAGAGUGGGCGGGUCUUUGAUGGGGCCACCAUCACCUUGACGACAGAUUGAUUGACAGCAGGCCGGGCGUCUGACACCAACCAUUCAGGAUUUAGUUUGAGAAGUUUGACAAAGACAAAAUGGAGGAGGAGUCGAGGGCGGAGCCAGAGAGCUUCACUCAAACUAGUCCAGAAGUGAACUGCAUCAUCAAUCAAUCAGCCAAUCAGCUUCCUCUUUUUAGCUCGUUUGGACUUUUGCUGCGGCCACGCCCCUUUGUGAUUAGCCAAUCAGCUGCACAACGCAGGUAGUAAUAAUGUGUGGAAACCUCGUAUCUGGAGGACCGACAGCUGAUUCUACUGUGACUCAUUAGAUUUAAUUAGAGUUAAUUAACACAUUGUUAGGGAUUAAUUAAAUAAUGAAUGGCUCAUUAAUGACCAAUUUAAUGUGAUUUAAGUUCUAGGGGAUUUUGGUUCAUAUACAACCCAGAACCCAGUGGAGGAACUCUGAGGUGCGACCUGCUCUCUGGUCCUCUGGGAGACACGAGAUUUCCACCUGACAAUGAAGUUAAUUAUAUAGAAUAACAAAUAAAAUCAUAUUAUUGUAAAUGGAGGCCAGACGUUGCCAUGGUUACUAAUUAUGAUAUAGACCAGUUAUCUCAUGGUCACACUCCCCCUGCCCAGGUUAUAAAUUAUUAUUCAUAUUAGAUCAGUAAUAAUAAUUCAUAUAUUCUCAUGUAUGUUUCAUUCAAACGUUUCCUCCACAAUGAUUCAUAUUAAUACAAUUAUAACAGUUAUUAAAUAUAAACUGAUCACAUCCAUUAAAUUAAUUUAAUUCAAAUAGUCUCAGUGUAACAAGACUGUGGUCGUGAAAUAUUCAAAGCUAUUUAAUGAUCAGUGACCUCAGCAGCUCUGGGCCUACGUAUGUGAUGUCACAGGGUCAACGUCGUGACAUCACAGGGUCGACGUCAUGACAUCACAGGGUCGACGUCGUGUUUAAUGUCGUACGAGCAGGAACACACCGUACGACGCUCGUCUCUCUGCUUCCACAAACUUCCACCUGCGAUCUUCCAUGAACUGCCACACCUCCUCUCAGAUCACCUGACCCCCCAGCCCCCCCCACUCCCCCCACCACCACCACCAGGACCGUGAUGAGUCUGUGGCCUGCUGCUCUCCCGAAGGAACUGUGUCUGUUGAAGGAAAGAAGGAAGGAAGGAAGGAAGGAAGGAAGGAAGGAAGGAAGGAAGGAAGGAAGGAAGGAAGGAAGGAAGGAAGGAAGGAAGGAAGGAAAGAAGGAAGGAAAGGAAAGGAAAGGAAAGGAAAAGAAAGGAUAGGAUAGGCUGGACACAGGGGAAAGAUAGGACAGGCUGCAGCAGGAAGCAAGGGUAAAGGAACUAAGGACACAGGAAAGAAAUGAAGGAAACAUGAGAAGGAACAAAUCACGUAAAUAUAAAAUGAAUUAAAUAUAAUUAAAUUAAAAUUAAACCAUGGAAACGAUGAUUAACUAAGACUCGUUCCUGGUUUCACCUUCAUUAAUCUGGGGCCGGUAACACAAAACACCUUAAGUUCUCCACUUAAAUAUGACACUUAAGGUUUAAUUUCUCUUUAGCUGAGGGAAUUACUUAAGGGUGUUAAAAUGUUUCCUUAGUUAAGGAAAAAAGUUAAGGUAUUUACAGCAGUGAAAUUGUACUGUUUCCAUGGAGACCAGGGAUCUUCUGCCAUUAGCAACACUCUUCUUCAUGGUGUCGUGUUACAGUUAAGAUAAAGUCAGAGAGACCUUUAGUUUCUCCCUUUAGGUCUUUACAGUCUAAACACAGUUUAACUGCCUUUAAGUGAUUCUUUAAGUAUAAGACUAAGAAAAGGAGAAAACCUUAAACUUAACUCAACAUUUUAAGGAAAUCUUAACUCCGACUUUAAGGGAAAUCUUAACUUAAGGUGUUUUGUGAAUACGGCUCCUGGUUGUUGUUUCGGUGUAAAACUGCACAAAAGUAUCAGCCAAUCAGAAUCGCUGACACGAUCACCUGUCGUCUGCCGGGAUCAACCUCCAUCAGCCACAAUGAGUUGGUCAGUACGGAGUCCCAGGAGAGACAAACAUGUUUUCAUCAUGUAUGAAGGACAGUCAUGUGACUUCAGUCGUUAAAUCAGAUACUGAUGUCGACUCCAGAAGAAGAAUAGAUCACAUUUACUAAUAAAAAUAUCAUCAACAGCUGAUUAGUUAACGAGUGUCUGACAGUAACACUAAUAUUUGUAACUGAAAUUAUUAUAAACAGUAACUAUAAAGUAAAUGAAUGCCACUAAUAUAUAUUAAGCUUAAUUAACAGGUGGGUAAAUUUAGAUAUGAAUGGACAUGAACAGCUCUUAUACAACAGACCAGUGAAUGACGAACUACACCUUUAUAUUUAUACAGUUUUAAAGUUGAAUCCUUCCUUUGUGUGAGUCGUCAAAAAAGUCAAAGAUUAAAUAGUUAAAUGUGACAUUGUUGAAUUAUUAAACACCAAGAGAAAAUACAUGAAUAAAAACCAAAAAAUCGUUUCAGUAUUGUUCAGUAAAUGUAAUAAUUCUCCCGUCUUCACUGAGUUUAUAAGAAUCUGGAUGUUAAAUACGUUUAUGCUCAACUGUUCGACCAUUUUAUUUCCCAACACACUUUUUUUAUUUGUCUAAAAUCUUUCAAAUUUAAAUAUAUUUCUAUUUAAUAUAUUAAAUAGAAAUAUAUCAAACUGCUGGAAUUAUCCUGGUAAAUAAUCAACUUUCUAAUGUUAAAAAUCAGCUGAUCUGUUGAAUGUUUCUCCCUCAGAUAUAAUGAGGCUGCUGGUGUUUUUGGCCUCUCUGGGACUCCGUACUGACGACUGAGUCUCUGUGUGAAGCCUCUUCCCUCUCUCUGAUAUUAUAUAUGAUUUAAUGAUCUGACUCGUUGGACAGUGAGUUGAAGUGUUGUUGUUGGACUGUAUUUGAGGAGGUUUGGUGGUGACGGCGUGUAGAAGCCGUUAGCUUGUGACGGAGAGCUUGUGUUUCUUCCUCUUCAGUGUUGAAUCUGUAGAAACGUGAUUUGCUGCAUGCCGAACUUUGACUUUGUGUUUGUGUUUGACUUUGGUCUCUGCUGCGUUUCGCCGCUCGCUGCUCUCAGGUCAGUUUCCUGCCCUCGGGUGACUUGACUGGGACUUGUUAGCUUUGUUAGCAUUCCUCACUGGGAGUGAUGGCGGCUUCUAGCCGCGUGCUAACUGAAAAGUGGCAGUGCCGACUUUGAUAUUCUGCGACCUUUGACCUGUUGUGUUUGUCUCGGAGGCUUUAACAGCUUUUUACCGUCGGGAGAAUGUAGAACUUUGUACAAUCAGAUUCUUACUAUGAUGAUAUUAUUAUGAUUAUAUUGAUUAUAUUGAUUAUUAUUCUCAGUAUUCUGCGUUUGUAUAUUUAAAGCUUUGUAAUGUUUGAACAUUGUGUGAAUCACCUGUAGAGAACACACUGUUUAUUAGCUCUAUGAUUUUGUUAGUAUGAUAUGCAUUAUAGAGUGUGACACCAGUUCCCUUAGCAACCGCUGAAUGUGUUCGCCGCAGCACUGCCGCCCUUCAUGUCAAUCAACAUCUCGGCGCCAUUUGGCGUCCCGGCUCAGAGACACUGUGAGGAAGCUGAAUGUGACUGACCUGUGACCUGCAGGGGGCGGGGUCUCUGUGAUGAUGUCACCAUUGAAUCCAGGUCGACAGGGCAGGGUUACACUGCGGGGGUGGAGCCUGGUACUGGGGCUCACCUGUUUACUAUGAACACUCUUAAAGCUCCGCCCACUGCAAAAGCAGAAAAAUCUCAUAUAUGACCUUUAAAUAUGACUCAGACUGACUCAGACUCUAAUUAUUAUCUAUUAAUGAUAAUCAUUCUCAAAAUCAAAUCCAUGCUAUGCUAAUGCUAAUGCUAACACCAGGACUAAGUGUUGUCCAGGUCUGAAGGUUUUUAAAAUGAUCACGUCUGUAUAAUUUACUGCAUGUCAGACUUUUAUUGUGAAAACCAAACGCUCUCACUAUAAAAUCAGUUUGUUUGAAAUUGUUUUUUUUCUAACAGACUUUAUCUUUUGAUUUGGUCAAUCGGUCAUGGUUCAGGUGUUUGCUAUGACACCUGUGUGACUCGGUCAGGUUCGGCCCCCUCCUCACUGAGCUGGGACUCUGACCGGCAGCUGCAGAGCGAAUGUUUUCUACAGUAGACUAGUCGUGUUUUCUAAAGCUCCACUUUGACCUUUAAGACACUCAACAGUGAUUUAUCAGUGAAUCUUCACCGGGACACACACAGUCCCAGAAAUAUCUGAGAUGUCAUUUUUUACUAAUAUUUAGGUGUUUAUGCUUGAAACUGAAGAAUUCAUCUUAAAGCAGAUUUCAGAUUAUUCCUCUGAACAGAUGCCACCAUGUUUUUCCUGUGUUUUCAACACAUGCUCAGUGGGCGUGGCUUAACCAUGUUUAUCUGAAUGACGGUAAAGCAACAACUUCCAACCUUCGGGUCAGAGUGAAACUCAGACUGUGUCGAUGUCACAGGUUCAUAUACAAGCAGAAGGUUUCUCUGAAGACUUCACUCUGUCAGACUCACCUGUCAGACUCAGACAGGUGAGGGCCGGGGUUGGAAGUCUCUGUGUUGAGGCCUCACCUGCAGCACUGAGAGCAUAUUAACCACAGGAAGCUUUUCUUAUCGACAUGACAGGAAACAGCGGGGGGGGGGGGGCUUCAGACGAAGAACUGUGAGCAGGUCCUGAGCAGGUUUUCAACAAGCUAACAUGCUAAUUUGUGGCUAGCAUUCAUUGGUUACAGUUUGGAAUGCUAAUAAUGCUAACAAGCUAACAUGGUAACAUUCAUUACUAUUAUUAUUAUUAUUAUUAUUAUUAUUAUAAUCUAACACUGAAGCUAAUGCUAAAGACAAACAAGUCAACCUAAAGCUUCUGGUGAUACAUUAGAACAGAAUAAAGAAACAGAUCAUUAUGCUAACGUUAGCUCCUGAGCUAACUGACUCGUGAAGCCUCACUCAGCUCUAAUGUGUGAUACUGUCGGUGUAAAGACAGAGUCCAUGUUGUGUCGUUUUAAAAAACACCAACACCUCAAGUUUUAUUUAUUCUUUGAUUUUUAGUGUCUGUCCAAGUAAAUUUGAUGUUUUUGUGUCCUGACGGUUCCUGUCGGGUUCAUCACUGUUUAUUCAUUAAAGUUCUGUCACUGUAAACCUGGAUCAGGUCUGGAUCAGGGUCUGUCUGGAGCUCCUCUGUUCUCUGUUGGUCAUUUGUUUUUUGCUUCCAGACGCAGAAAUGAAGUAAAAAUUAUUAAUAAAUAAAAUAUCCAACAAUAAAUAAACGUUCAUCUUUUAAUUUCCGGAUGUUUUAAAUGUUUUUUUCUGUUUAUUUCUGUAAUGAAGUAAAAUCAAAACUUCAAAGGUCACACAGACUGAGUCCUCGCUGUUUCCCAUUCAUGAUGGUCAUGCUCGCAAAAUCAAUAAUUAAUGAUCAAUAAUCAUCCACUCAGCUUUUUCUACUAUGAUGGAUAUUGUACUGUAGUGUAGUGCUGCAUGCCCAGUGUGUAACUGUGUGUGUGAGGGAGAGUGUGUUUUUAACCUUUUUUCUUUUGUAGUUUUCUGGAGUAUUUUCUUCUUCUGCAUCGUGUUCAAAGUGAUUCUGUAAAUAAACUGAGGUGGUUAAACGCU